ACGCGAUCAGAACCAUCGAAAGAGGCUUUCCGUGAUAGGCUGGUGUUUGCUUGGGGCGGUUUGAUUUUUAUGUCGGUGGAAGUAGUUUAAUUCAACUCUAGCACCAAAGUGUAAUAUGAACAAUUGAUCGUGGAUAGUGCAUGCGUUGUUAUUGUGUGUAUUUGUUCGAAAAAAGAAAUCAUCUAAAGAUGCUCCUACGAAUAUUGCUCCUACUGUUCUCUAUCCACUGCGUCAUACCCGACAGCCCUUUCCAAAACGUCUUCGAUACCCUCAGCUUCCUAUUUAUGUACGGCAAUCGAACGUCCCGAGUACCGGAUACCACUGUCUACCGCAAAGAGUAUGACUUCAUUGUAAUAGGUGCCGGUUCUGGUGGCUCCGUGAUGGCCAACCGGCUUAGCGAGAAUGAAAAUUGGAACGUUCUGCUGUUGGAAGUAGGCAACGAGGAAAACAUGGUGGUGAGCGUUCCGUUGACAGCGGGUUUGACCACGGCUACCAGAUUUAGUUGGGGCUACAGAGCAAACCCUAUGAAGAACGCCUGCUUGGGAUUAGAGAAUGGAGUCUGUUACUGGCCAAAAGGUCGGGGACUAGGCGGCACGAGUUUGAUCAACUUCUUGCUUUACGGAAGGGGACACAAACGGGACUAUGAUGAAUGGGAACAGAAUGGAAACUACGGUUGGAGUUAUAAGGAUGUUGUAAAAUAUUUUCGAAAAGCAGAAAAGAUAAAAGGGGAAAAGCUAAACCCGGAUGGUUACUUACACAUCGAACAAAGCUCCUAUGAAACACCCAUGCUGCGACGGUACAUUAAGGCUGGGGAAGAAUUGGGAUACCGGGAAAUCGAUCCCAAUGACAAAAUCCAACUGGGAUUUUACAAAGCUUUAGCAACUAUGGUGAAUGGUGAACGUUGCAGUGCAGCCAGAGCAUACCUUCGACCGGUAAUGCAUCGACAGAAUUUGCACAUUUCGAUGAAAUCAUGGGCCACAAAAAUUUUAAUCGAUCCAGAACUGAAAACUGCGUACGGUGUUGAGUUCAUGAAGGGUAAGCAGCGAUAUCAACUAAAAGCAACAAAAGAAGUAAUUUUAUCAGCGGGAGCAAUUGCUUCGCCACAGCUCCUCAUGCUGUCGGGCAUCGGCCCACGCGAACACCUGGACUCAUUGGAUAUUCCAGUUAUCCAAGACUUGAAAGUAGGAUACAAUUUGCAAGAUCACACCACUUUAUCAGGAUUAGUUUUCAUAGUCAACAAACCAGUUACAAUUCGUGAACAGGAUAUGCGACGACCUGAAAAUUUCUUCAAUUAUAUGUUUAAUCGCAAAGGACCUUUCACCAUUCCCGGUGGGGCAGAGGGAAUCGCUUUUGUAAAGACAAAUAAUUCGGACCUCCCAACGGAUUAUCCGGAUAUAGAACUUGUGAUGGGGACGGGUGCUGUUAACAACGAUGAAACAGGUUCACUACGACAUACUUUCGGUAUGACUAAAGAGUUCUACAGUAAGACAUAUGGAACGGCUAGAGGGAAGCAUGCAUUUGGAAUUGCUCCGGUGCUGAUGCGGCCGCGAAGUCGUGGGCGGCUAUCCUUGAAAACUACAAAUCCGUUCCACUGGCCACACAUGGAAGGGAACUUUUUCGACCACCCUAAGGACAUGUCCACUAUGAUCGAAGGAAUAAAGCUUGCGGUUCGGAUAGGUGAGUCCAAAAGUUUCGCUCCGUUUGGGUCAAAGCUUCUGAAAACCCCGUUUUAUGGUUGUGAAAAUGAGCGGUUUCGCAGUGAUGAGUAUUGGAAGUGCUGUGUCCAGCGCAUCGGCGCCAGCAUCCAGCAUCAGUCUGGAACCUGCAAAAUGGGCCCGUUGAAUGAUCCAGAUGCUGUCGUAAAUCCUGAACUUCAGGUUCAUGGGAUUAAGAAUCUUAGAAUCGUGGAUGCAUCUAUUAUGCCCUUUUUACCAGCUGCGCACACCAAUGGAGUAGUGUACAUGAUUGGGGAGAAGGCUGCUGACAUGGUGAAAAAAUAUUGGGCGAAUGACAUCGAUAGUUAAAAUAACACUAAAAUAAAUUUAAUAUUAAUUGUAAGAAAUUAGUAACACGGUCAAUCAUUAUCAGAAUAGUCAAUUCUAGUCAAUUGAAAUAAACCAACCGGGCCGUGUAGUUAUAUAAAAAAAUAUAUUUAGCACUGACAUAUGCGAAAUGUAAAAAGUAUAAUUAAUUCUAAUAAUUUUCUGACUUAAAAUAGAGUCAGCCAAUUUACUGAUUCUUUUUUUCACUACAAGUAUACAAUAAUUUUUAUCACAAUAAAUUGUUAUGUUAUCGUAA